CGUCGGUGUCAUACAGGAAGUGAUAUUCAUGAAGUGAGAGACAUGUGGCUCACAUAAGUAAUUCAUAACGGUGAUUCCCUCUCACGGAGCUUAUUUCUUUGUGAUAUCAAGCAAAUACAAAACAUGGUUCUUCUCAGAGUGCUCCUCCUGAGUCUGACUUUUAACAAAUUCCUUGCUGAUUCGGAUACAUUCUCUUGUCCAGAAGGCAAACUGAUUAAAAUGCAUGGUGGAAGUCAAAAAUACUGUGCCGCUUGUCCUGAAGGAUACCACCAGCCUACAAAGAAUUAUUCCAAACAGUGCAAAGCGUGCACAAAGUGUAAUGAAGAGUCGGGAAGUGAGGUGACAGAGAAAUGCACAAAGAAGACGGAUACGAAAUGUCAGUGCCGUAAAGGAUUUGUUCCGGUGGAACCUGAUUCUGCUACUUGCGAAUGCGGCAUUGGAUUCGGGCUACACUAUGGAGAAUGCUCAAAAUGUGAGGAUGGCUUCUUCAACAGACAUCCCAACAGCCCUUGCAUUAAAUGGAAGGAGUGUAAAUCCGGCGUGAACACCAGAGGAAGCAGCACCUCUGACGUCAUCUGCAACGCCGACUCACACAACUCCCCCACAUCAAACCACACCGUUUCUGUCAUCACACCGCAGCAUGAGUGGGACCAAAGUCAUGACAGCACUCAGCAUGAGACAACCACCACCAUCACCACCACGGCAGUGUAUGAUGUGCCAUCUUGGAACCAAGUGCAGCCGACCCCUCCUUCAAACUCCACCAGCCACCAUAUUGGUAUUGCCUUUGUCAUCCUUGGAAUAGUUGCAUUGCUUGUUCUCACUGCUGCUGCCUGUAAAGUAGGGAUUACUACUUGUGUGAGGAGUCGGAUGGCAGUGAAAAGUACAGGCGAUUCGCUGUACCGCAGGCCCGUUGAAGAAAUCGGUGAUGGCACUGACUGCAACCUGAAUUCAAAGAAGCCUUAAUCACCUGUACAGUAUGACAGCACAAGCUCAUAUGACCUUCUUUUUUGAUAUUAUGGUGAGAAUGACCUGAGAUGUCUGCAUGUUGUGUCCAACCUCACUCAACUGCUCCUAUGUCUAUUAAAGUUGCUGCAGUUUCUUCUGUUUUUCUCAAAAUUUUUGUUGAGUUUUUUUUUUUUUUUUUUUAAUAGAUAAGACUGUCAUCAAUGUAUUUUCAGUAACGUGGGCUGGGGGAAUUCUCUGAGUGACAUCAAAUGUGUUUUUUCGGCUUUGCAAAAUGUUAACGCUCAUGCAUGUUUUUUCACUAUUACCUCGCGGAGUAAAUGUGAGGAUUUUAUGACGAGCCUGCCUUAACCCUUAUCUGUUUUCUAAAUGAAAGACUUGAAAAUUCAGAUCAGAUAAACUGCUUCACCAUAAAGAUGUGCAAAAAGUAAGCAUGUGCUGGGUUGGGUUCCUGUGUGGCUGAAGUUGUUGGGCUUCAAAGAAAUACUCAGCAGUUUGUGGGCUGCAGCUGUGUCGGGUUAGAAUAUCACUUCUUUCAAGUACAGAAACUUUGCUGAAACAAAACUGCGUGCCUAAUAAACACUAAACACACA